UUUUUUUGGGUGCCAAAUUAAAACAAUUGUACGAUUCGAUUCGAAUUUUUGAGUCAUGAUGAAGAUGGAUGUUGAUAUUGGGCUUAUGGCCGCCACUUGUGAGACCGACAAAGGUCCGGGAUUUCAAUCCUACUUCUUGCAAAAGAUUUCUGAGCUGCAGUUUACCGUGGCCGAAAAGAACGCCAAUUUGCGCCGCCUGCAGGCGCAGCGCAACGAGCUUAAUGCGAAGGUGCGCCUCUUGCGCGAGGAACUGCAGCUGCUGCAGGAGCAUGGCAGCUACGUGGGCGAAGUGGUAAAGGCCAUGGACAAGGAAAAGGUGCUGGUGAAGGUGCACCCUGAGGGCAAGUACGUGGUGGAUGUGGACAAGAACAUCAACAUUAAGGACGUGGUGCCCAGCUGCCGCGUAGCGCUGCGCACCGACAGCUACACCCUGCACAAGAUCCUGCCCAGCAAGGUGGAUCCUCUCGUGUCACUGAUGCUGGUUGAGAAGGUGCCGGACUCCACUUACGAGAUGGUCGGUGGCCUGGACAAGCAGAUUAAGGAGAUCAAGGAGGUGAUCGAGCUGCCCAUCAAGCAUCCAGAGCUCUUCGACGCCCUCGGCAUAGCGCAGCCCAAGGGCGUGCUUCUGUACGGGCCUCCCGGCACCGGCAAGACUCUGCUGGCACGCGCCGUGGCCCACCACACCGAGUGUACCUUCAUACGCGUCUCAGGCUCGGAGCUGGUGCAGAAGUUCAUCGGCGAGGGAUCGCGCAUGGUGCGCGAAUUGUUCGUGAUGGCGCGCGAGCACGCUCCGUCUAUUAUCUUCAUGGACGAGAUCGACUCGAUUGGCUCGUCUCGCAUGGAGACCGGCAGGGGUGACUCCGAGGUGCAGCGCACCAUGCUGGAGCUGCUGAACCAACUGGACGGCUUCGAGGCCACCAAGAACAUCAAGGUGAUCAUGGCCACCAAUCGCAUUGACGUCCUCGACCAGGCUUUGCUGCGUCCCGGCCGCGUCGACCGCAAGAUCGAGUUUCCGCCACCCAAUGAGGAGGCUCGCCUUGACAUCUUGAAGAUCCAUUCGCGCAAGAUGAACCUCACACGUGGCAUUAACCUGCGCAAGAUCGCCGAGCUGAUGCCAGGCGCCUCUGGUGCCGAGGUCAAGGGCGUCUGCACCGAGGCUGGCAUGUAUGCACUGCGUGAGCGCCGCGUCCACGUCACCCAGGAAGACUUUGAGAUGGCUGUCUCCAAGGUGAUGCAAAAGGACUCCGAGAAGAACAUGUCCGUGAAGAAGUUCUGGAAGUAGUAUUGCUUCCUGCAGUUUGUAGCACUAGUUUAUCAUAA